AUGGGACUUGGUUUGAAAACAAGAAGUUUAUCAUCAAUUGCAAAAGCUAGAAGAGUUUCAUCAUCUGCUUCAUUAAACUCUCAAAGAAUUUCAAGUCAAACAAGUUUAUCUUCAAGAACUAUAGUGACUACAUCUUCAAGACCACCACAAGUUUAUCCAGCUUUAUUAUCACGCGUUGCUACUUUAUUUAAAAGAACAAUUAUUUUGGCUCAAUAUAAUAAGGAUGGGUUAGAAUAUAGAGAUGCAUUUACAGGUUCUGAUGCAGUUGAUGUUAUAUCUCAUAUCAUUAGAACCACUGAUAGAAAUUUGGCAUUAUUAUUGGGGCGUGCCUUGGAUGCUCAAAAAUUCUUCCAUGAUGUAACUUAUGAACAUCGUUUAAGAGAUUCAAAUCGUGAAAUUUAUCAAUUUGAUGAAGUUUUCUUGAAUACAACUUCUCCAAAUGCUUCCAACCAAAAUUUACAACAUAUUGGAGCUCCUGGAUCUCCAGCUUUAGAUGCUGAUCAACAACAUAAUGUUAAUGGUGUUUUCACUUUGUUGACUGAAUGUUAUUCCCCAACUUGUACUCGUGAGGCUCUUUGUUAUAGUAUUGCAUGUCCAAGAAGAUUGGAACAACAAGCUAGAUUGAAUAUGAAACCUCAAGGUGGGUUGAAAAGAAAUGAAUCUCAUUUAUCAUUACAUGAAGAAGAAGAAAAGAAACAAUUAUGGUCUCAUACUGUUCCUAAACAAUUAUUGGAAAGUCUUGAUAAGAAAGAAGUUAAAAGACAAGAAUUGAUUUAUGAAGUUAUUGCUACUGAAAGAACAUUUGUGAGAAAUUUGGAAUAUCUAAGAGAUUAUUGGAUUAGACCAUUAAGAGAAUCAAAUAUAAUUCCAAUUCAUGAACGUGAAAAAUUCAUUAGAACUGUUUUUUUCAAUGUUAUUGAUAUUUUAAACGUUGCUGUUAGAUUCAGAGAUGCAUUGAUUAGAAGACAACAAUUGAAACCUGUUGUACAAAACAUUGGUGAUAUUUUCCUGGAAUUUAUUCCAUUUUUUGAACCUUUUGUUUCUUAUAAUGCUGGUCAAUGUUUUGCUAAAUAUGAAUUAGAAAGACAAAAAGCUGCAAACCCAUUAUUCGCAAGAUUUAUUGAAGAAACUGAAAGAUUACCAGAAUCUAAUAGAUUAAACAUUAGUUCAUAUUUAUCACAGGCAACAACCCGUACAGUUAGAUAUAAUUUGUUGUUGAAAGAUAUCAUCAAAUGUACUAAAGAAGAAUCAAUUGAUUUACCUGAUUUAACAAAAGCUUCAGAUUUAAUUUUGAAAUUAUUGGAAAGAAUUAAUGUUAAAGUUGGUAAAGCUGAAGAUCGUCAUGCAUUAAUUUUGUUGAAACAAAGAUUAGUUUUCAGACCAGGUGAAUAUGUUGAUUUGAAAUUAGGUUCAGAACAACGGAAAAUCAUAUAUACUGCACCUUUGAAGAAGAGAAAUCAAGAUAAAGAUAAUCAAGGUGAUAUUCAAGUUUAUUUAUUAGAUCAUUUAUUAUUAUUUGUUCGUGUUAAAGUGAUCAAUAAAAGGGAACAACAUAAAGUUUAUCAACGUCCUAUCCCAUUACCAUUAUUAUAUAUUAGUGCAAGUGAAGAAAUGCCAUCAUUAAGACCAUAUACAAGAAAAGCUGGUGCUUAUGCUCAUGUUUUGAAUCAUCCUUCAAGAAGUGAUACUAAAUUUCCAAUUUCAUUUGCUUAUAUUGGUCGUAGAGGUUAUGAUUUAACAUUAUAUGGUGCAACAAAUAGUGCACAAGAUUCAUUAAUUUCAAUAAUUGAACAACAACAAAAUAAGAUUAGAGAAAAAAAUGAUAUUUUCACUUUAACUCCAUUAGCUGAAAGAUUUUUUGAUAUUUCAAAUAGAAUUAAUUGUCUUGCCCCAUGUGAUGGUGGUAGAAGAUUAUUAUAUGGUACUGAUUCUGGAGUCUUCAUGAGUGAGAUUAAGACAAGAGGUAAUCAAAGAGUUGUUUCUAAACCAGUUAGAAUCAUUUCAAAAGUUAAUGUUACACAAUUGGAGAUUUUAGAAGAAUAUCAAACUUUAUUAGCAUUAGCUGAUAAGAAAUUAUAUGCAUGGCCAUUAGAAUUAUUAACAGUUCAAGAUAAGAAAACUGGUAAAGAAUUAAUGUCACAUGUCUCUUUUUUCAAAGUUGGUGUUUGUGGUGGUAAAAUUUUAGUUGUUGCAGCUAAAUCUGAUUUAAUCAGAGUUUUCGAACCAACAGAUCCAUUUUCUAAAAAAAUGAGUAAGAAAAAAUUUAAAAAUGAAACAAGAGAAUUCCAUUUUAAUUCAGAACCUGUUUCUAUAUCAUUUUUGAAAACAAGAUUAAUUGUUGGAUGUACUAAAGGUUUUGAAAUUGUUUCAUUAAAUGAUGGUAAGAAUGAAGCUAUCUUGGAUCCAGCUGAUACUUCAUUGGAUUUUAUUAUUAAUAAAGAAGGUUUAAAACCAUUGGCAAUUCAUAGAAUUAGUUCCAACUUUUUGUUAUCAUAUUCAGAUUUUUCAUUUUAUAUUAAUAAAAAUGGAUGGAGAACAAGAUCAGAUUUCAUGAUUAAUUGGGAAGGUAUUCCUCAAGCAUUUGCAUUAUGGUAUCCAUAUUUAUUAGCAUUUGAACCAAAUUUCAUUGAGAUUCGUAAUGUUGAAACUGGUGAAUUAUUAAGAGUUAUAGUUGGUGAAAAUAUCAGAUUAUUACACACAGGGUCACAAGAAAUUUUAUAUGCUUAUGAAGAUGAACGUGGAUAUGAUGUUGUUGCAUCUUUAGAUUUCUGGGAUAAGACAAAUAAAAAGACAACUACAGUGAAUGAUACAAAUACUGUGGGACAUGCAAGUUCAUCAUCUAAUGUGUCAUCAUCAUCUGGUAUGAGUCCUGCAUUAAGUGAGAUUAAAGAAGUUGACGAAGGAAAGAAAUGAGAGAUCUCUAUUGAUUGAAUAUAGUAUUAUAAUUAUGAAUUUAUAUGAUUGUUUUUUUGAACUAAUAUUGUAUCGGAAUCUCGUUUAGUUUAUUGGUUCCAAAUGUUCCGAGGAGCUAAUAGCUGAAAGCCGAUUAACCCCAGCCAAUUGAAACUAACGUCUUGGUGCCCUGCGAGUAGAGACUCAACGAAAUGACUGUUGAGUAGGGCUUAACUGUUAGACAAACACAAUCGAAAACAUCUCAUCAUAUCACUAAUCACAAUUCAUUUCCAUCAUGUCAAAUCUAGUUUCCCAUUUAAAGAUCGCCCAUCUUUUAAGCAGUUUUGUUGACAUUUUAAAUGAAAUGCGCGAAAAAUUUUUUUUUUCCUCAACAAAUUCAUG